AUACAUACACGGACAACAGUCCCGUCCGGGGAACCCGCCAUCAGACUUUUGACAUAUGCUCUUGCUUCUGUUUCAAAUAGGAGAGUCUCCCAGUACCUUAUACAUGCACACGUGCCACGAAUGCUCUUGAGGAACAUUCUGUCAGACGCAAGCAUCGCGGAUGAGCUGUACAUAACCUGCCUACCACCCAUGCGACCCUGACAGGUUCUCGCACACGACCUUUCGCCAUGUCAGAUCCGCCACCCGCUGCAGAAAAGGCGCCGCCGACACCAGCGGCAUCCAGCGUCCCCGUCGCAGCGUCGCGGCACGGCAACCCCCUGAUCUCCGUCCUCCUCAACGAAGCCGGCCUCGACUCCCCGACCUUCCGCAGCAAUGCCCUGCACUUCGCCGACCAGAUCGACGCCAUCGAGCGCUGGCUCGAGGGAUACAGCCGCACUGCUGCCAAGCUGUCACACGAUAUGCUGGGCCUCGAGGCUGUUGUCAACGACUAUCUCUCCAAGAUCGUCCCCCCUCAAAACGUCGUCUCUCUCGACCACGACUACACCGCUCUGGCGCUGAAGCGCAUUUCCGAGGGCAGCAGGGAGUGGUGGACACACGUUCUGGGACUCGCCAAGAACAUGGACACCAUGAGUGCCGAACCGGUGCGGAACUUCCUCCAGAACGACCUACGGGGCUUCAAGGAGACCAGGAGGAAUCUCGAACAGACUCAGAAGACUUUCGACACCACGCUGGCCAGGUACGUGAGUCAGAGCAAGUCGAAGGAGCCCAGUGCGAUAAGGGAAGAUGCGUUUGCUGUGUACGAGACGAGGAAGGCUUACCUGAAGGCCUCGAUGGAUUUCUGCCAGAUGGCGCCACAACUAAGAUUCACACUGGACAAGCUGCUCGUCAGAGUAUCGACAGAUAUAUGGCGGGAGAUGAAAAGGUCCAAAGAUACGGCCGGCAGCUUUGGAAAAUGGGGCUAUCAGAUGGACCGCGUCAGGGGUUGGUCCAAGGAAAUGGAAUUGACAGAGUCAACCUUCAAGCGGGAGCUACAAGCCGCCAGGCGCGAUGUUGGAGAGAACUCGCUCAUAUCAUUCAAGCCUGCGAGAGAGCUCGAUGCUUACAGUGCGAGUACAGUACCUUUCCUAGGUAACAAAGGACCCUUGAAUGUCAAGACCGACGAGAGAGCUGGAGUGUACUCUGAGAAACAAGGAUGGCUAUUUCUCCGGACCGUGACGGGGAAGCCUGUGCGAACAAAUUGGAUCCGCAGGUGGUACUACUGUCGUGACGGCAUCUUCGGUUGGCUUGUGAGCGGGCCACAAGGCGUCUUGACAGGUGAUGAGAUCGGAGUCUUGCUUUGCAACGCCAAGCCGGCAAUUAGUGAGGAACGCCGUUUCUGCUUUGAGGUCAAGACAAAAAAUCAGACAUUACUACUGCAGGCAGAGACACAAUCUGAGCUCAUGGGUUGGCUCGAGGUUUUCGAAGUCGCCAAGAAAAAGGCAUUCGAAGCAAGUGUUGGACGCGAUACCUCGUCUCUGCCAGGAGGUGUUGACCCAGCAUUCGCCAUUACGCCGCCAUCUAUGCCCGAAUUUUCUGCCAAGUCGCUAGACGCUCAGCUCAGCGUCGAUGAGACGGUGCAGGGCCAUGAAAGGACAAACACAUUACCAAUCCCUGGUCAAGAAGCGGGCGGUUUACAUCCGCGUGCUAGCUUCGAUGUUGGGCAAGUCGCACCAAGACGAUCUGCGACGUCUCUCGGGCGUGAAGAAGGAGAGAGUGGACGUGACCAUGCGGCUAGGAUAAUGCAAAAGCUCGACUUGCAUCGCAAAGCCAACUACUCCACGGACACCAGCGCCGGACUGCCAUCGCCCGGCCCCAGCGGUGGCAUUGCAAGUCUCAUUUCUGCUAGUCAUGGUCUUCUGCCUGGGUACCCGUCCCCUAUCGUGGGCCAGAUGGCACCUCGUACACAGCAAUCACCACAACCGCCCACAUUAUCAGGGCCAGAGCCUCGAGCAGGCAGUCUUGCACCGGCAACACUUGCUAGUCCGCCAGCACCCACUAGUCUCAGUAAGACUGCUGUCGUGUAUAGCAGUGAUCGGUCUCUCAGCAAUGAUGCUAGCUCUGGUCUACCCACUGCCAUCAUGGCAAACUAUUGGGGAAGCAAUGCGUGGGCUCAAGAAUAUGCUCCGAAGGCGGCCAAGCCUCCAUUCAACCCCGAUGACCCGUUUGGGCCCAACUCGCCGUCCAUCAAAAUGACUAUGGCCAACGACAGUGGCGACCUGAAACCGCCUACUCCAGCUUCAGUCCACAAGAAAGCAAUCAGUAUGGACGCCAAGAUUGUGCGUCCUUCGGCUAUCAGAGAGAAGGCAACACAAGAAGAGUUUCCGCCGGGUUAUCCGCUUGAGUUGAGGACGAAUACAGCACAGUUCAGGCUGGUUUUCCCAAGUGUGCCCCUGGAUGAGAAGCUCGUCCUGGUCUUCCGGGCGUCUUGGACAACCAGCAUGUCUGAGCGAACCAAGGACUCGCCAGGCAUGGCUGGUAAUGGUCGCAUCUAUGUUACUUCAGAUAAUAUGUAUUUCUACGGCCACCAGAUGGGUCUGGUCGUUGCGUACGCUAUUUCUCUGGACGGCAUUACAGAGGUAACAUCCGCACCAGGUAGAGACUGCGACUUCAUUUUCCUUCACUUGAAUCAGGAUGCGCCGGAUGUGCAGUACAGCAGGAUAUCUAUCAAGACUUUCUUGGAGGAUAUGGACCUUCUUCACGCUCGUCUGAACUUGCUUGUUGAUGAUCUACAAGCAGAGGAGCCUAUGGAGGUGAUGGAGCUGAUCAACACGUUGAUCGGCCUUGAGAAUGAAGAGUACGACAAGAGAAGCCCAAGUGCAGAGAGUUGGGAGGAGGUUUCGACGAACACGCCCAUGGAUAACAAUACUCUUGCCGGCCGAGCAGUCAGUCCUCGAGCAGACCUUGCAUACAAGACACGGUUACGGGGCGCACGAAAGCCUGCUCCGAAGUUGCAGCUACCAUCACAUCCUGUUUUUUACGAGCCCGAAGACAUGCAGAGAAAGGUGACGGAGCGCACAUUUGAAAUCAGUGCCAAGGCCUGUUUUCACGUUCUUUUUGGCGAUAAGAGCUUUGUGUUCCCGAAACUCUACUUUGAACGAAGAGCAAAACAGAUCGCGCAAGGUCCUUGGAGGGCAGGCGAGAAUGGACGUCUGCAGCGGUUAUUUAAGUUCAAGGUCACAUACGGCACAAUGUUUCAGGGGCGAAAAGCUGAGGAUAUCAUCGACGAGCAGACCAUCGAAGUCUUUAGUGACCAUGUCACCUAUGUCGUUACACAUGUCAAGACCCCAUGGCAUCUCCCGCAUGCCAAAGACUUCAAGCUUGUGACCAAAAUCGUCAUCACGCAUAUUGCAAAGUCAAAGUGUAAGCUGGCUAUAUUCACAAAAGUGGCCUGGUCAAAGAGCCCACCGCUUUCGAAGAACAUCAUCGAGCGACAAGCCCUUGAUGAUGCGGGCCUGGACGCCGAUGGACUAGCCGAGGUAGCCACGGAUCAAGUGCGAAAGAUCGGGCCCCAUAGCCGUACAAAGCGGGCCAUUCAGAUAUAUGGCAAUAUCGGCCAGCAAACGCAAGUCGUGCUCUUCUCCCCUGCGGAAACCGAGAAGACUAAGAAAUCGCACAUUCGUCCGCACAGUCUCACGAAAAUGCUCUUCGAUACUGUGAGGUCGUGGGCUGAAAGUGUGGUCACCUCAAUCAUCAUGUGGGCCUUCGCAGUGGUGAAGAAACUAUGGGAUGUUGUUACUGCUCAGCGCCUCCUACUAGUAGUAUUAGCCAUGAGCUUCCUACUCAACCUCAUCUCGUCCUAUCAAGGUACCUCGACCUGGUGGAGCGAGCGCAAGGCUGCUGGUUUUAUGCACCGCCUCGGUGUGGGACCAAAUAUCAUAAUGAGCAAAGCAAUAUACUUGCGUGACCUGGAUGAGGCGGCCCGUUUCUCGUCGCUAGACAGCUCCUGGCCCGCCGAGGAUAGCUACUGCUACUCUACCUUCCAGUCUAUCACAAACAGUACGGAUAUCGAUGCGCCGUACGAGGACUCGGGUGCCACUCUGUCGUCAGCUACGAGCCGGGCGACCGCGAUGAGGUUGAAAAAAUCCAGGCAGCGCCUCGGCGCCUACAGACAUGAUCUGCUCGUCGCCAUGCGCAUGGUGAACAGCGUCGAGCGCGAGAUGAUACAGGGCGAGUGGGAGAACUGGCUUCUCGACGAGAACUCGAGAUGCGAACAAGUGGGCACCGUGUUGAGGCUGUGGAAUUCCACGUCUAAUAACGGCGAGAAGCCGGAGAAGGCAUCCGGCCUGGAGCUCGAUAGCGAGGGCGCGCAGAAGGUCCUCAGAGAGAAGGAUGACAGGAAGAAAGAGGCGCUGAAGAGCUGGUAUGAGGACUACUGCGGCAGCUGUAGACACGAUAAGGAUGAGUUGAUCAGGAGCAGGGAGGCUGUGACUUUGGGCUAGUAUUAACUGGUAUAAA